AUGCGCAUCUCGAGGGCCGAGGGCCCACUCCUGGCCGUUGAAGGUCGGCUUCGCGCGGCGCCCUGCGAGCCGCGCACGGCCGCCCUCUCGGAGCGCCUCUGCGCGCUCGCGGCGGCCAGUCGCCAACCCUGCCUCGGGCGCCGGCCUCGCCCUUUUCAGCCGGCCUCGCCGUCGCAGUCGCUGGCCUUUCCUGCAAGUGUUGGCUGUCCUUCCGGAUGCAGCUCUCCUGCAGGCUGCAUCUCCCCACUCGGCGACAGUUUUUCUCUCAAGCUGUCGCUCGCCUGCCAGGCUGUAGCUGUGCCUCAGUGCGUGGCCGCCUUGAGGUUGCAGCUCUUGCGAAGGCUGUAA